ACAGUCACAGCGGAGAUUGUCGGCCAACCAGUCAAAUAAGCUCCGUACUCGUAGGCACGGCCUUCUAUAUGGCAGGUUCUCUUCGUAGCAGAACCUGACCGCUCGUUGCAAAGUGCUGCAGAUAACUUGUAUGUAAUGGAGAAAGGCUCUGAUACUUGCGCCCAGCUGAGACAUCCAAUCGUGGGGCGAUAGCGCAAUCACGUGAGCGAGCCCAAAAAUCGCCUCACCCCAACUUCUCAGUGUUCCUUUCCGCCAUGUCGACCACCACUCAGAACGAACAAACAUUCCUCAAAUUUAACACUCCUUCUACAAUCGUCGCCAAGUUUUACGACCCCCUAUACUUCCAUGACGAGUACGAUAACACUGAUCCUCUUCGCCUUGCUGCAUGGUCUGCUGCGAGCGAAGUGAGAGCAUACGAGAAACUCCAAUCCCUCCAAGGCGCUUGUAUUCCUCAGUGCCUCGGCUUCUAUGCGACGACUCUUCCUGAACAGGAGGGAAGGACCGUGUACGUCCUACUGUUGAAGUAUGUCACUGGGAAGGACCUGCGGUACCUAUGCGAGAUGGGUGACAAAAGGGAGAAGAUCGUUGCCGAUUAUCUAUGCGAGAAACAUUGCAAUGCUAUAUUUUCCACCGUCUUCCGAUUAGUUAUGGAUUUCAUCAACCUUGGUGUUACCCAUGGCGACUUGGCUCCGCGGAACAUUAUCAUCAAGACCCCAGCUCGUAGAGGGCCUUUUUGCUCCACGGAGUGCUGUCCGUCCCGGCAUGAAAUCAACGCAGAUGAUGUUCAGGCGGUGAUGGUUGACUUUGAGAGGGCCGUGUUCCAUGAUCCAAAGGAUCAGUCCCUCAUUGAUUGUUAUAGGAAGCGCUUUGUGGAUGGUGUACCCAGUGAAUACCUUUCUGACUGGUUUCGAAAUAUGUAUGAGUACCCGCAGCCAUGA